GACUCCGUUUCCGAUAACCAUCCCACAGCCUGCUGUGCUUUUGUAUUGUUCUUUUUCUGUCCUCCCGUGGCGCAUUGUAUAACUCACAGAAAAACGUCUCAAACGAAUCUCUUCACUUUUGACUCGAAAUGUAUUCCAACGGGCUUGGUGCCACCAGUCCUGGACAAUUGGAGCUUUCCAACAAUCCUUUCAUAGAAGACCCAUCCAACCCUCACACCCGCUUUCCCGAUAUCACUGGCUCCAUAUCCUCCCCACCUCCUCAACCGCAAUACCAAGGUCAAGCGUCAUAUGGUAAUGGCCAUCAAGGCCAACCCCAGUAUCAGCAACCGUAUCAGAACCAGGCGCAGUAUCAGAACCCACAGUAUCAGAACCAGAACCAAUACCAGACACCGUACCAAGGCCAGCCACAGUUGCAGACUCAAUACGCAUCUUCGUCGACGUAUGGUCCUCAGUAUGCCGGUUCUCCUGUAUCACUAGCGCCACAGCCUACUGGUCGCCCGUUCCAACCCUCGAGUUCAUUUGGACAACAUCUUGUUUCGCAAGUUGAUUCCUCGCAGCAGCAGCAAUAUCAACAACCACAGCAAUAUGGAGGGUAUCAGCAAGGAUAUCAGCCUGCAUACCCAAACCAACAGUCGCAGCAGUUCACUGGUUAUCCGAACACGGGAUAUAACCAAGGACAACAGCAACAAAACACGGGUUACUUGUCCGAGUUUGAUCCGUAUUCUUCUCUUGGACAAGGGCAAGCACAGGGGGCGGCGCCUUCCCAUGCACGCACGCCUUCGUCAUCAGGCAAUGCACACCCUCGCGACUUUAUCCGUACGCACAAAACAGAACUUGAGGCGUGGGAUUCGUACUCGUGGAAGCAGCUGUUUAAUGCAUUUGAUGCGCUUAAAGAGGCGUGGGGGACGCGAAAACGUGAGAUCGAAGCUCGAAUUUCAGCUCUAGGCGGGAAUGGAGCACCAGGGCUUUUUGGACAGAGUGGAUACGGUGGCUAUCAGGGGGGAUAUGGUGGAUACGGCUCACAGCAAGAGGUCGAGCGCUUGAAAGGGCUUUUGAGAGAAGUAGAAUCUCAUCACGACACUGUUGCUGCAUCUUCCCUCCAGUUGCAUGAAGUUUAUCAGUAUUAUCGUCAGUCAGGUGAUGCUGCUAGCAAGCGGCGAGUCCGCGAGUCCUGCAAUGCUGCGUUGACAGGGCUUCCUGACUUGCCUGGUGCAUGGUAGUAGAAUUAUUAUCAACUUUUCGGGCAUGUUUCAAAUUAUGAUUGUAGUUGUAGUUGCAGUGGGAUCUUCAUGAUUUAUUGUAAUUUUCCCCGCCUUUUUUUUCGAUUAUAUGUCUUAUGUUAAGUUGUGUAUUUAUCUCGCUCACUAGCAGUGUCAGGUCAGAUUACUAUAAGCGCUGCAUAGUAUUCCCGAUGCGGGACGUACAGCACAACCGAAUAG